AUGACGAAGGGCAGAUAUGUGGACGACAUCUUUGGAGGAGCCGAUUCAUCAUCCGAGGCAAAAGACAUUAUGCAGCAACUAAUUCAGCUCUGCGAAGCGGGAGGAUUUCCAUUGCUAAAGUGGAAUAGUAACCGACCUGAGAUUUUGCCUCAAUCCAAUAAGGAAACGCUCUCGGAUGUAGAGAUCGAACCCGCUUUUUGCAAGAUCUUGGGUCUCGUCUGGCGGCCCUGUUCAGACAUACUACAUUUUUCGUCCACGAUUCCGACUGCUUCCGCUGUUACCAAAAGAGCGAUUGCUUCGGACAUCGCAAAACUAUACGAUCCGUUGGGGCUAAUUUCGCCCAUUCUGAUCAAAGCGAAGAUCAUUCUGCAAGAACUCUGGUUGUUGAAGACAGGGUGGGAUGAACCCCUCCCUAAUGAAAUACGAGAGAGAUGGACAACCUUCCGACAUCAAUUGUUACAAAUCGAGCAAGUUUCAAUACCAAGAUGGCUCGGCAUCCUACGUUCCAACGCUUCGACAGUUGAAAUUCACGGCUUCUCGGAUGCGUCUCAACUAGCAAUGGCGGCGGCGGGUUAUAUCAGAAUUCCCGGUGACGAAGACAAAGGCUCUGUGCAAUUGAUAUGCACGAAGACUAGAGUAGCGCCUCUCAAACGGCUCACCAUUCCUCGACUCGAGCUCACUGCUGCUCUGCUAUUAGCAAGAUUGAUAGCACAGACAUCAAAAGCUCUCGAGCUGCAUGAGGCAACGGUGUUUUGUUGGUCGGACUCAUCGGUGACUCUCACCUGGAUCACACCUCAUCCAUCGCGCUGGAAAGAUUUCGUUCGAAAUCGUGUAUCCGCCAUACAGGAAAUUCUGCCUAGUGGUUCAUGGCGUUAUGUGCCGGGAAAAGAAAAUCCCGCGGACCUUGCAUCGCGUGGCCUGACACCAGAUCAACUGAUUCACCAUAAUUUAUGGUGGAACGGACCCAAGUGGCUAUCCGAAUCACGAACAUCCUGGCCUUCCAUUGGACAUAGACCUGCGCCAAACUCGAACUUGGAAGAACGACCCGGGCAUGUAAUGGUUACCACAAGUCGACCUACCUACUGGGAGCUUUUGAACAAAUAUUCUUCUCUUAUGAAACUAUUACGCAUCACUGCAACAUGUGGCAGAUUUAUCUCAUGUUUGCGUAAGGUACCACAAUCUUCUCCAUCUAAUUAUCCAUUGACCCCGAUAGAGAUUCAUCGAAGUCGUGAUUUGUGGGUGAAGAUCAUACAGCAAGCAUGGUUUCGCGAAGAGAUACGGCUCAUCCUACGAGAAGAACAACUGCCGAAAUCCAAUUUCCUGGUGCGACUUACGCCAUUUAUAGAUAAAGAUGGAUUAUUACGAGUCGGUGGGCGUCUCCAUUACGCUCAGAUCGAUAUCGAAGCUAAACAUCAGCUCAUUCUACCUAGAAGGUCGCCACUAACGACACUCGUCAUCGGUGAUGCUCACCGGAGAUCGCUCCACGGGGGCACUCAAGUUACCCUAAGCCUCUUGCGCGAAAUCUUUUGGAUUAUUGGUGGAAGAGCGCCUGUAAGAUCUUACAUACUGAGAUGCGGACGUUGCGCUCGCUAUCGCGGCAUUCGAGCAAGGCAGCUUAUGGGUCAAUUACCAACGGCCAGAGUGACUUCAGCGAGGCCUUUCUACAAUUCAGGUCUUGACUACGCCGGUCCCGUGACGCUGAGAACUUGGAGAGGGCGGGCGGCGCGGUCCUAUAAAGGCUACUUCGCCAUCUUCGUUUGUCUCACUACAUCGGCUGUGCAUAUCGAAGUAGUCACGGAUUAUACUACGGAUGCGUUUAUUGCUGCCUAUAAACGGUUCGCUGGAAGAAGAGGCAUAUGCGCAACACUGCAAAGCGACUGUGGUACGAAUUUCGUGGGAGCGGACGUAGAGUUAAAACGCUUAUUUGCACAAUCUUCCAAGGAGCUUGGCAGCCUCGCCUCGCUUCUAGCCAACGACCGUACCGAGUGGAGGUUCAACCCUCCAUCAGCUCCACACUUUGGAGGAAAAUGGGAGGCUGCUGUAAAAUCCGUGAAGUUCCAUCUGCGACGUGUACUGGGAGACACCGCCGUAACGUAUGAGGAGAUGACUACCAUCACCACUCAGAUUGAAGCGGUAUUAAAUUCUCGGCCGCUCUGUCCGCUAUCUGACGAUGUCUCGGAUUAUUCUGCUCUAACACCUGGGCAUUUAUGGAGGCUCAGGGAGAUAGCUAGGAAAGAGGAAGGAGAAGGCAGGAGGGUACGGAUGGGUAAUGGGGGAUUGCAAAUAGAUGGCAAAUGGUGGAAGUGGUAUGAGGAAGAGGAAGUGUUGAAAACGAAGAUCAUUCUGCAAGAACUCUGGUUGUUGAAGACAGGGUGGGAUGAACCCCUCCCUAAUGAAAUACGAGAGAGAUGGACAACCUUCCGACAUCAAUUGUUACAAAUCGAGCAAGUUUCAAUACCAAGAUGGCUCGGCAUCCUACGUUCCAACGCUUCGACAGUUGAAAUACACGGAUUUUCGGAUGCGUCUCAACUAGCCAUGGCGGCGGCGGUUUACAUCAGAAUUCCCGGUCAUCGGAAUCCCAUUAUGGGAGUAGGAAUGGAAAAAGGAGAUGUAAGAGGAGGAGUAGAAAAGAUCUUGGAAAAAUUAGGAGUAGAUAUAAAAAUAGAAGGUGUUAAAAGAGUUGGGAUAAUGACGGAAGGAGAGAGAGGAAUGGCGGUGGUGACGUUAGGGAGCAUUGAACAGAAAAGAAAAGUUAUGGAGAAUAAGAAAAAGUUGAGGGGAAGAGAGGCAAGGAUAGAUGAUGAUUUAACAUGGGAGGAAAGAAAGGUUAGAUGGAGGCUCAGGGAGAUAGCUAGGAAAGAGGAAGGAGAAGGCAGGAGGGGACGGAUGGGUAAUGGGGGAUUGCAAAUAGAUGGCAAAUGGUGGAAGUGGUAUGAGGAAGAGGAAGUGUUGAAAAGUUUGAAAAACAAAGAUAAGGGUUUUUGGGAUAGGAUUGGGGAGUGGGACGUUAUAGUACUCAUGGAGACAUGGGUAGAUGAGAAAGGAUGGAGGGGAUUAAAAAGCAGGUUACUGAAGGGUUUUAAAUGGGGGGUACAAUACGCGAGCAGAAAGAAUAAAAAAGGAAGAGCAAUGGGAGGAAUGAUAAUGGGGAUAAGAAGAAAAAGGGAAAUGGAGAUAGGAGAAAUCGAAAUAAUGGAGGAAGGGAUGAUGACGGGGACAUUAAAAAGCGGGGAGGAGGAGUGGAGAAUAGUGGGAAUAUAUGUGAACGAGGACUUAGAGAGGAAGAUAGAGGGGUUAGAGAAGUGGAUGGAAGAGAGCGAGGAGGAAAGAAAAGAGUAG